AUGAAUGAGGAGCUCGAGAAACAGCAUGAGCAUAUGAUCCAUGUUGCUGACAUGAUAUUUCAUCUUUGUGAGCUUUAUGGAGAAGGCACAUGCAACAUGCAUUAUAGCUCUAUGAGUGAGCUUUUGAGAACCAAGAUGGUUAAGGGAGCACCAAUUCACCAACAUGAACUGAAGAUGAUUGGACUUAUUAAGCAACUGGAAAGUCUUGAUAGUCCAUUUGACUAUAAUUUGGCCACACAUCUUCCUUGCGUCCCUUUCUGA